CGCUUUUUCAUCUCCUUCAACUCUCUCUCCGGCCUGCUUCAAGAUGAAGUCUAUAUUCUUAUCCGCGGUUUUUGUUGCUUUGCUCAACAAUUGUGGUGCAGCUCCAACUCCUGCAAGUUAUGCGGUCCAUGAAAAGCGAGCUUCGUCCCCAAGGCGCUGGAAUCGAGGCGAGCGCGUCGAUGGGGAAGCUAUCUUGCCAAUUCGCAUUGGGUUGGCUCAGAAUAGUCUGGAAGAUGCAGAGAUCCAUCUCAUGGACGUUUCUUACCCAUCCUCUCCAAACUUUGGCAAGCAUUGGACUCAGGAACAGGUUCACGAGAUGUUCGCCCCAUCUGAGAAAUCAGUUCAAGCUGUGCGCGAUUGGUUGGUUGCCUCCGGCAUCGAAGAUGAUGCCAUCGUCAAUUCUGAGGAUAAAGGGUGGCUUGCUUUUGACAUCCCUGCGCGGCAGGCCGAGGAUCUUUUCCAAACCGUAUACCACGAACACGUCCAUUCAACUUCGGGACAGCUCAGAGUUGGUUGUGACGAAUACUCCCUACCGUCUCAUAUUCGAGAUCACGUUGAUUACAUCCUGCCCGGUGUCAAACAUUCAGCCUCGUUGAGAAAGACUGAAGUCAAAAGAUCUGAAGUUAAGAGAUCUGCCCACAAUCACCUCGGGCCUAAAAAAGCACCUUGGAAUCCCCACCCCUCCUGGUCGAUGCCACCUGGAGCUGGAAAACUCCCACCAAACCUCCAAAAUUGUGGUGUAAACAUCACUCCAGUUUGCAUCAAGGCGCUUUAUCAAAUCCCAAAUGCUUACCUGAAGGGCGAUGUCAACCAGAUGGGUUUGUAUGAGAGUGGCGAUGUGUAUUCACAGGAAGAUCUGGACUUGUUUUUCGCCGCUUAUGCACGGAAUGUCCCACAAGGCACUCAUCCGAAGCUGGACUCGAUUGACGGGGGAGUGGCACCAGAGCCUGUGACAAGUGAGUAUGUUACUGGAGAGUCAGAUAUAGACAUGGAUCUUGCAUUCUCUCUGAUUUAUCCACAAAAUAUCACCUUGUAUCAAGUCGACGAUUUCGUUGAAGCCUUCACGGACGGUGGCUUCAACACUUUUCUCGACGCUCUCGACGGUUCUUACUGCACGUACACAGCAUACGGGAUAACAGGCGACUCCCCAGGCAUCGACGCCACCUACCCCGACCCAGCAGAUGGAGGAUACAAAGGACCCCUCGCCUGCGGAACCUACAAGCCUGCCCGCGUAAUCAGCGUCUCCUACGGUGUCUCGGAGUACGAUGCCCCAGUAAACUACACCCGCCGCCAAUGCAACGAAUUCCUCAAGCUCGGCCUACAAGGCCACACAUUCGUAUGGGCCUCCGGCGAUUACGGCGUCGCUUCUUUCCCCGGCGACGACUCCGCAAAUGGGUGCUUAGGCAAUGCCUCCCAAGUCUACAACCCGUCCUUCCCGACCUGUCCUUGGGUACUCAACGUUGGAGCUACACGUCUCUACGAUUACCAAACAGUCAACGACCCUGAAUCUGCUAUGCAAGCCAAUCUCGGCGUGGGCUUCGAACUCUUCGCUUCCGCCGGCGGCUUCGCAAACUACUUCCCCGUUCCCGACUACCAAAAGUCCGCCGUAUCAAACUACUUCAGCUCCCACGAGCCAGGUCUACCAUACUACUAUGCCAAUGACCAAGCAACGAACAUCGGCGCCAACGGCGGCUUCUACAACCGUGCCGGCCGCGGCUUCCCCGACGUGUCCGCCAAUGGCGCAGAACUGCUCGCAUUCGUAGGAGGCUCGUUGGGGCAUUGGUUCGGCACGUCGCUGUCGGCGCCCAUUUGGGGGAGCGUGAUCACGCUUAUUAAUGAGGAGAGAACGGUUAGGGGCAAGGGCCCGGUGGGAUUUGUUAAUCCGGUGUUGUAUGCGAAUUCCUGGGCGCUGAAUGAUAUUAAGAAUGGGAGUAAUCCGGGGUGUGGGAGUAAGGGGUUCGCUGCGGUGAGUGGCUGGGAUCCAGUUACGGGCUUGGGAACGCCGAGUUUUCCGAGGCUGUUGGAGUUGUUUUUGGGCUUGCCGUAAUGGGUGGGGUUGAGGAGGAGUAUAUACGCUUGUAAUGAAUGAUCUUGACUUCAUCAAGCUUGAUACGCCUCAGGUGCUCUCAAGCUUGCAGACAAGGGUUGUGCGAGGGCCGAAUGCUUGAUACCAUGGAAGGAAGGAAUGGGCUGAGAAACCACACACUUCUUCAGCGCAUCGUGUUAUAUAUUGUCUUCUACGCUACUACUCUUCGUCUCAAC